UUCCGGCCGAAGAUUGCAGGCGUCACCUGUGAUCAUGUGUGUCGUUUCGGGCUGCGGGCUCUGGCUCGGUAAUCCGCAGGAGCUGCGGGCCACCUCUCCGCCGGCCCGAGGGUGCGCCCUCCCCUCAGGGGGCCUGCUGCCUGAGGGCACUUCGCGGAGCGGCGGUUCAGCUUCUGUCCCCGGGCAGUCAGGGCGACGUCUGCGCGCCGCGGGGAAGCGGGUGGUUUCGCUGUCGCUGGCCGAGGCACCCGCCCUCGGCGGCCGGCGGCACCUGGUCACUGUCGGUGUGCCACCCGCGAGGAGGACUGAUUCGCCAGACGAAGACCUGCUCUUGAAGUACUGGAAUGUGGGCUUGUAGAUCCUGAAGGAGCUGGACGAGUACUAUGAGAAGUUCAAGCGCGAGCCGGACGGCACCCAGAAGCGGCGGCUGCUGCACUGCAUCCAGCGGGCCCUGAUUCGCAGCCAGGAGCUGGGAGAUGAGAAGAUCCAGAUCGUGGGUCAGAUGGCAGAGCUGGUGGAGAGCCGGGCCAGGCAGGUGGACAGCCACGUGGAGCUCUUCGGGGCCCGCCAGGAGCUCGGCGACACCGCUGGCAGCCUUGGCAAGGCUGGCCAAGAUAAGUCCAAGAACGAGACAAUCAGCUCAGCAGAAAAGCCCAACAACAAGCGGUCCAGGCGGCAGCGCAAUAACGAGAACCGAGAGAACGCCUCUAAUAAUCAUGAGCACGACGACCUCACCUCAGGAACACCCAAGGAGAAGAAAGCGAAGACCUCAAAGAAGAAAAAGCGUUCCAAGGCCAAAGCGGAGAGGGAGGCAUCCCCCGCAGACCUCCCCAUCGACCCCAACGAGCCCACGUACUGUCUGUGCAAUCAGGUCUCCUAUGGAGAGAUGAUAGGCUGCGACAACGACGAGUGCCCCAUCGAGUGGUUCCACUUCUCGUGCGUGGGGCUCAACCAUAAACCAAAGGGCAAGUGGUACUGUCCCAAGUGUCGGGGCGAGAACGAGAAAACGAUGGACAAAGCCCUGGAGAAAUCCAAAAAAGAGCGGGCUUACAACAGGUAGUUGGCGGACACCUGGGACCCGGGGCGGCGUGCCAGCGUGUUCAUGCCAUCGAUCGCGCUGGACAUGUGGACGUUGGCUCGCGUGUGUUUUUAAAGGACGCUCCUGGGAGGGGACGCAGGGUUCUCUGCGCUUGCUUUCCCUGCCACACUUGUUGCCGGACAGUGGCCUGUGGAUCAAUGUUUUAGAAACUGCAAAUAUAGGUUUGAGUCCAACA